AUGAAAUCAAUAGGUGAGAAUGUUCCGUCACCUUUCAGGUAUGAAGAUAUAUUACAUACAACACCAAUCAUGGAAGGAUCUAAUGAUGAAGAGGAAUAUGAUGAUUUAGAUGAUGAUUAUGAAGAACCACCACAAAUUGAUGAAGUGAUACUCAAAAUUUUGUCUAUAUCUAGAGUGCAUUCCUCUAGUGUUUCCAGUGAUGCAGGAUUUAGUGGUGGUGGAUUGCUUAUACAGUUGGAGAUGCAACAUAGUUCGAUGAAUAUGGUGGCAGGUGCUCAGAAUGUGAAUGGGGUUGCAGUCAAUGGACCUGAAGAGUAUUUGGGUAAUUCGAGGUUUUCCUAUUGGGUUACUCAUGGUUAUAGCAAUGGAAUGGAAUCACAACAUAACAUUUCAAACUCCAGAAUUAUGGAUUCCAUUUCGAUUUCAUAUCAGUUAAAUGAAACAGGAUAUGAGUUGUUACAUUAAAGGCAGCCUUACAUCCAAGAAGUUUUUUCUUACUGAAAAUUUGGAACUUAGUGUUAAACCAUCAUGGAGUAAUGUGAAAAUCAAGGGUAUGCACAAUCAAGGUAGAAUAUGAUACAAGAAGCUCCAGUGGAAAUGCCAUACAGGCACGUUCUCGACAUAUUCCAGAUAAUGCAGGAGAACAUGAGUGCAACAACAAACAUCUAGAAAAAAAAUCAUUGAAGACCACCGAACACCAUAAGGAACCACACUAUUCCGACUCUUUUGUAAUCGAAUGCCCAGUAAUGAUCUAUUAAUGAAUUGAUAUCUUUUUAUUGUCAUCUCUUGAUACAUUUAUCUACCCCAAAAACAAAAAAGGAUAUGGAAUGUUUUGGCUGACUGUUCAACCCAAUAUCAUACGAUCAUAUCAACUACCCCUGCCCCCUACGAAGUGGGGGCUACC